UUCACCAACACCAAUACGUUCGUGCAGUUGCAGUGCAGAAGAUUAAUAAUUCAGCUCGUGCGUGCGUGCGUGCGCCAUGGUGAGAUCGCUUCCGUCUGUUUCGAUGGAGGGGAGGAGGCUGGAGGAGGAGGAGCAGGAGCAGCGGGAGGUGCUGCUCAUCCACAGCCAGGUGAGGAGGAUCAAGCGGGAGGACGAGGAGACCCGGAGGCACCUCCUGAAGCUGCAGCUGCUGGAGACGAGGCCGGCGGCCGGGCACGGGCAGGAGGCCUCGCGGCCGGCCUCCCGCUCGCUGUCGCCACUGCGGCGCUCCGGGAGCGCCAUAUCGGUCGGUGACUGGGCCUAGUCACCUCGCCUGGCCGGCCCGCCGGCGUAGAUACAUAGGAGAGCGAGCGCGCGAGCUAUAUAUAUACUGUAUGUGUGAGCCAUAGUAUAGUACGAUGCCUGUUCAUGCUCUCUGCGUGCAUGGAACCAGAGCUUAGUUGAUCGAUCUAGCUGCUUUACAUGCUCUGUUCCAGUCGACUUUUCUUCUUCCGUUGUAAAUAUACGAAAAUUUAGUUCGUGCAUCUA